AUGACCAAAACUAUUGCUGUUCUCGGCGCAACGGGGACACAGGGAGGCUCCGUUGCCCGCACCUUUCUCACCCUCCCAGGCUGGACGGUGCGCGCUAUAACACGCACGCCAUCUUCUGCGGCUGCCCAAACCCUCGCUUCCUCAGGCGCAGAGGUUUUCCAAGCCGACCUCGACGAUCCCAAGUCUCUCGACGCCGCGUUCUCCGGAGCCCACGCCAUCUUCGCCGUCACCGACUUUUGGCAAUUUGCGCAAUCUCCCAAAACGCACGAACUCGCAGCAAAAGAGGGCAUCACGUGGAAUGAAGCCGCCUACCGUCUUGAAGUCCAGCAUGGUACUAACGUGAUCGACGCCGCCGCCAGAGCGUGUGCCGGCACCACUAGGAGCCUUGAACGACUCGUAUUCAGUUCAUUGAGUGGGGCCAAAAUUGCAAGCAAGGGCAAGUACAGCUGGGUCUACCACUUUGACAGCAAGAGACGCGUGGUGGACUACCUUGCCGACAAGGCCGCGGAUGGCGGUGGCGCGGAACAAGAGCAAUACAAGGCCCUGCUGGACCGCACGAGUUACGUACAGAUCGGAUGGUUCUUGGACAAUUGGAGCAAGAACGCGCUUCUCCUGCCGCAAAAGGACUUGGAAACGGGAACUACCUACGUCUUUAAAUGGAUUGGAAGUCCCUCGCCUCAGUCCGCACUGCCGUCGGAACAUCCUCUUCCCUUCACCCACCCGCCCACGGACACGGGCCCGUUCGUCGAGGCACUCGUCCUCAAGGCGCCAGCGAAAACGACCAUGCUGGGUGUUUCGGACGUCAUGAGCUAUGCCGAGUUCGUAGACAGGUGGGCCAAGUUCCACGGCGUCAAGGCCAAAGUGGAAUAUCUGUCCGUCACAGACGUGGAUGAGAUGAUGCCAGGGGGUUUUGGGAUCGAGGUGGCCCAGACCGGGGCUUAUGUUGCCGAGUUUGGAUGGGAUGGCGGCGAGGGCGCAGUGAUGCCGGAGAGUGUGGGCGUUGACAAGACGAAACUAACAGGCGUGGAUGAGUAUAUUCGCACUACCGAUUGGAAAGUUGUAUUUGCGCAGUGA